CCCCCACUGCUCUCAGCGAGGCUGCCGGGCAGAGAUGGCGACCGCUGCUCGGCUGCUCGGGAGGCGGGUGCUGAGCUGGGGGCUGCGGCCGACCUUCGAGCCCCUCGCGGGCCCGGGGCCCCGGCGCGCCCACUCGCUGCUGCCUGUGGACGACACGAUCAACGGGCUAAGCGAGGAGCAGAAACAGCUUCGUCAGACAAUGACUAAAUUCCUUCAAGAACACCUAGCCCCCAAGGCCCAGGAGAUUGAUCAGAGCAAUGAUUUCAAGAACUUGCGAGAGUUUUGGAAGCAGCUGGGCAGCCUGGGGGUGCUGGGCAUUACCGCGCCAGUUCAGUAUGGUGGCUCUGGCCUGGGCUAUCUGGAACAUGUGCUGGUGAUGGAGGAGAUAUCUCGGGCUUCUGGAGCCGUGGGACUCAGCUAUGGCGCCCACUCCAACCUCUGCAUCAACCAGAUUGUGCGAAAUGGGAAUGAGGCCCAGAAGGAGAAAUACCUCCCCAAGCUGAUCAGCGGGGAACACAUCGGCGCGCUGGCCAUGAGCGAGCCCAACGCCGGCUCCGACGUGGUCUCCAUGAAGCUCAAGGCGGAAAAGGACGGAGGUCAUUAUGUCCUGAAUGGAAACAAGUUCUGGAUCACUAACGGCCCGGAUGCCGAUGUCCUCAUCGUCUAUGCCAAGACAGAUCUGACUGCCUCGCCCGCUUCCCGGGGCAUAACGGCCUUCAUCGUGGAGAAGGGCAUGCCUGGCUUCAGCACCUCUAAGAAGCUAGACAAGCUAGGAAUGAGGGGCUCGAACACCUGUGAGCUCGUCUUUGAAGACUGUAAGGUGCCUGCUGCCAGCAUCCUAGGCCAGGAGAGCAAGGGGGUGUACGUGCUGAUGAGCGGGCUGGACCUGGAGCGCCUGGUGCUGUCGGGGGGGCCCCUUGGGCUCAUGCAGGCCGUCCUGGACCACACCGUUCCCUACCUGCACGUGCGGGAAGCCUUUGGCCAGAAGAUCGGCCACUUCCAGCUCAUGCAGGGGAAGAUGGCCGACAUGUACACGCGCCUCAUGGCGAGCCGGCAGUACGUCUACAAUGUCGCCAAGGCCUGCGACGAGGGCCACUGCACGGCGAAGGACUGCGCGGCCGUGAUCCUGUACGCCGCCGAGUGCGCCACACAGGUCGCCCUGGACGGCAUCCAGUGCCUGGGCGGCAAUGGCUACAUCAACGACUUUCCCAUGGGCCGCCUUCUCCGGGAUGCCAAGCUCUACGAGAUCGGCGCCGGCACCAGCGAGGUGAGGCGGCUGGUCAUUGGCAGAGCUUUCAACGCGGACUUCCGCUAGGGCCGCGCCUGCCACCCGUGCACCCGCCCCUCGGGGCCCGUCCGUGGCAAGGCCAC